AUGUGGGCCAAUGGCUCCCCUGCGUACUUGUCUGGGCUCUCCAGCGUCCCAUCCGUGCCUUUGCUCAGGGAGCGGCCUGUCAAAAAGGUUGAUAAUAAAACUGGCGCCUCCCAACGCGGCCAGACCUCUGACUCUACAGGCACUCUCAUGGGCCUCGCCGGAUUAUACAUGCCAGCCGGAUACUACCUGCCUCCUGUCCAGGUUACUCCGUCUUCAGAAACCAGUCGUCAAGUACAGGCCGACAUGAAGUUGUCUGCCAGUCUCCGUCGCGGUCAAGCCAACAAGGGCCAUAGAACCGCUGCCUCGUCGUCCUCGUCCGUAACCUCGUUGGCCGGCGAUCUCGACCACGGACUACACAACAUGGACCUGGUUCGUCGGUCCUCUUUCACCUCAACCGAGAGCACCAGCGUAUCCAGAGACGCCUCAGAAGCACUGCAGCAAUUUUCGAAAAGCCUCUUCCACCGCCGUGGCAGGUCCAAGCAGGAGAGCACCUCGUCUGGCAGUUCCCUUUACUCGGCCGAUGCCCCCAUGGACGCUUCCUCCUCCAAAGACUCGGUCCUUCCCAAGCUAUUCUCCCGCCGAAAGCCCUCGCGGGACGAGCCCGCCACUCUCCAGAAACGCUUCCAAAUCUCAGACCCCUACAACUUCCAGCAUGUCACUCACACCAACCGCGACGCAGUGGAGGAUGCCAUGACUCUCGACGACGACAACCAAUCAGACCCCAACCAACCCAGAGGCAGACCCAGGGCGGCCACGGGUGCGUCUCAGCACACGUAUACCAACGUGCUGGCUGAACCUGUCGCCGAGAACGAAAUUGCCGCCGACUUUGCUCCUGCAAGACCAAGCCUCGUGGCCCGUCACACCGGCAGCUUUCACACCAUGCGACGCUUUAUCAACAUCAAGUCGGGCAAGAUGCCGGAGCUCUCCCCGCCAUUGCCGCCACCGCCACCACCACCAACAUCCGUCCCGGCCUCCGCCACGGCGGCCCCGGUCAACAAGCCACCACCGCAACGUCCUCCGAGGUCUCCCCCCAUCUCACCCGAAUCGCCGCCCGUGCCUGCCCGGGUAUCCAGCCGGCAGAGGCUCCGUUCCGCCACGGGUGAGUCGAGGACCAGCUACUUUGCCGAGCGCCACAUGAUCGCCGCGGGCUUCCAGCGCCCCAGGCCGUUCACGCCAUCGAGCCCUGUCGAGCCGCCGCCGAUGCAUCACGCAUUCCCGCCACCUACCGCCGACCUCCCCGCAUUCCCCCAAGAGGCGCUGCUCUGCCGUCCCCGAACUGCCACCCCGGAGCCCUCGUGGCCCCUGGCCAGCCCGACCAUUGCCAGCUUCGAGGCGCCGCUGCCGGAGCUCGUCGCCGACGACGGCCACACGAGCUGGUCCUCCGUCACCGGCGCCGGCGCCGGUGACGGUGCCAGCCCCAACCCCAACCGCCUCAGCGGCAACGCAUCCCUCCGCGGAAGCAAGUCCGUCCCCACGCUGGCCAAGCUCGCCGAGGAGCAAGACGCGGGGGUCGUCAAGACGCAGUACGUGGAACCGAGCGCGUGGUCCGCACAGAUGAGGAUGGAGCUGCAGGCGUCGCUCUGCGAAAGCCCCGUGCUCGGCCGCGCAAGCUGGGAGGACGACAUCGACUACUGCUAUGAGCACGAGGCCGAGGCCGACUGCGACUACCAGUGGGAGCGUCCCUCGAUGGACGUGGCGCCCGGCGGCCGGGGGAUGUACGCCGCCGCCGCUGCCGCCGCCGCACUGGACAAGGCGCCGCUCAGCUCGCCGCCCUCCGGUAUGCUCUUCUCCUCCGCGUCUGGUGUCGAAACGGUGCCGGAGCUAAGUCCCCCCAUCAGCCAAACAUCGGCCAUGGUAGCUCACGAGGCCAUGACACCGCCACCGCUCGCCCGCUCCGUCGACUCGCAAUUUGUGCUCCGCCACAAGUGCACCGAGCUCAUUAUUGGCGUCGCUCGCCACGACGCUCACGACUCGGAGUUUUCGCCCUCGCUUCUCGUCCCGCGCGACGACUUUGAGCGUGACUCGUCGUCGCCCAGCGCCCUCACGGCCUCGUCCCUGCAGCAACAGCAGCAUGAGCAGCGGGCUAGCACGACCACGGUGGCGAGCAACUACACCUCGAGCUCCGACUCGGUCGGUGAGCGUCACGCCUCGACCAACUCGAGCUGGACGGCCCUCACUCGGCACACGGCGAGCACGUCGUCGCUGAACAAGCUCGGCAUGUCGUGGGUCGACGAGGUCGAGCCGGUUCCCGCACUGGCGGCUGAGGAGUCUCGCAUCGCAGGCCCGGACGAGACUCCGCUGCUGGCUGCCGGCGCCGAGGAGGACGUCGUCAUGGCGCUUCCCGCGUCGCCGCCGCGUUCGCUCGGUCGCCGCAACGCGACCUUGCACAAGAGCCAUGCGAGCGAGUCCGUCCUCGGCCCGGCUCCUUCGACGGACUCCCAGCAGCAUCAGCUGCCCAAGUCGCGCCGGCCGCGCGCCAGGACGUCCAGCAUGGGCCAGGCGCCUCCCGUCGGCCAGUAUGCCUUGUUCCCGCGCAGCACCAUCAAGACGCACGGCGACAAGAUUUGA